AAGAUAUCUCACAUUCUGAAUUACUUGAAUCUGAAUCUUCAUUCCCUAUACAAGUUUCAAAUACGAAAAGUCAUAAAGCACAAAUACGCAGAAAAACUACAAAAGCAAAAAAAGAUUUACUUACUUUAUUACUUGAACAUGAAAAUUCGUUACCAAUUCAUAUACUUAUAAUAGUAUUUGAUGAACUUAAUAAAAUCUCUUCAGAUUGGACAUACAAGAGAAUUAAGCAAUAUUGGAGAAAUAAUCGAAAAAAAGACGAUACUCCAAAAUAA